UGAACAGUUAGUUGAGUUUAGAGAUAAUGCAACUAAUGAUCCAUUUAUUGCUCGUAUGGCUGAUAUUAUGUUUAGGAAGUACAAUUUUUAUUGGGGUGCUUAUGAAAAGAUGAAUUCUUCCUUGUUUUUUGCUCAACUGUUGGAUCCAAGAGAGAAGGAAAAAGGUUUAGAAUUUGCUCUUCAGUGUUUAUAUGAGCAAGACCUUGUUAGGGUUAAUAUAGUUAUGAUACAGGUCAAGAGGGACUUUAAGAUACUCUUUGAAGAAUACAAGUCUUUUCAUUCAAUUAAUGAGGAGGUGGCAAGUUCAUCUAGUAGUGCUGUAGUUGAGAACUCAGUUAUCGCUCCAAAUGGUGGUCGACUUGCUACUCUUCAGUCAAGAAAGAAAAGGCACAAGCAGAACCAAUCAACUGAUGAGGCAACAAUAACAGAGUUGGAUAUGUACUUAAUGGAAGUGUAUGAUGAGUCUGAAUCUGAUGGGAACAAUACAGGCAAGUCUAGUUUUGAUAUUCUGGCUUGGUGGCAGGCUAACAGUAGCAGGUAUAAGAUACUUUCAUGUAUGGCAAAGGAUAUAUUAGCCAUGCCAGUGUCUUCCGUUGCCUCUGAAUCAGCUUUUAGCACCGGAAAGCGUGUGCUUAGUCCAUGGCGAAGUUCUUUAUCUCCAAGAACAGUUGAGGCUUUGAUCUGUUGUCAAAGCUGGUUAAGCAAACCCAUUGAUCUUGAUCUUUUAGCUGAUUAUGUACCAGAUGAUAACUCUAAGGAUGAGGAAGACAUCUUGGGUGUGGUUCAAUUGUCAGAGGUCUUGGAUGCUUGAUGCAAUGAUGCUUGGUCCAGCUUGGAGAUGGAGUUCGUUUUCUGUUGCAGCAAACUUAUGAAAGUGGUCAAUUGCCAAAGCCCAAAUGUUGUUUUUUUCGUUGGUUUAUUUUUUUCUACUUGAAGUCUAGUUACAGGUUUUAAGACUCUUAAGUUUUUAACAGUUAAAGUUUUUAAACUUAGAACUUUCAAGU